UAGAUUUAUUGUUUUCUUCUUAUUAUAUUAAAUUUUCUGCUUAUAUAUUAAGCCAAUCUUGGCCUCUUCCUCCUCCGUCCGAUCAGACUACAAGUGAUCUUUGCUACUCCGAAUCCCAGAUGGAUUAUGAAACCAACAGAUAUCCACUGCGGCAAGGAAACGAGAUGCCAUAUCCGUCCUUUCCUGUGACUGUGAGUUUCACCAGAAGAAUUGAUGUCAACCUAAAUUCUACAAGCAUGUUGCUAAAUCCCAUGCAGCCACCGAUUUACUUUCUCGAGCUUCGCUUCCAUUUCAAUUACAGAGAAUUGCUCAGAAACCUUGAAGGCGACCUGAUCGAGAUUCAAGCCUACCCAACUGCUCCAACCUCCUCUUUCCUCUUCCAGAUUCGUUCUUAUGAUCACCUAUUUGAUCAGCCACCCUACAAAAGCCAUCUUGAUGGCCUUUUCUCUUUCUUCAAUCUUGAUGACCCACUACACGAUUUCUUGGCUUAUCGCAUUGCAAGCUUCCUCGUUUUCAUAGCCAAUAAGCAACCUUUCUUGGGGUUUCAUGUGGUGACCGAUGUGGGGAUUACUCAUCAAGACUUGAUUGAUGAAGAUCCCAUUGAUCUGACGAUAUUAAUGGACGAAAAGCACCAAGAAGUGGUUCCCAGAGGUGCAUCGAGUUCCGCACUAAACAGUUGAAGAAGCAGAGCUCUUUUGAAAAGCAGGGCAGCGGUGAUGGUGAUGAAUUAUCGGGCGUUUGUGUGAUUUGUUUGGAGGGAUUAUUUGGUAACCGGGUCGCACUCACAGAGAUGACGUGCACUCAUGUAUUUCAUGAACGGUACAUCACUCGAUGGUUGAAGAUUCAGAAUUCAUGCCCGACUUGUCGACUGGAACUUGAGGACUGAAUGCUGCUGAUUCUACAAUUUAUAGAUGCCAAUUAUAUUUUCUGCCACAGUUGUCAAUUGUAGCCAUGAAAUUACAUUAACUUCAUCAAAAUCUGAUUCCUAGUAAUGGGUAGUUUACAAGGGUUAUAGGAUAUUUUUUUUCCUUCAUACUUACCAUCAAAUUUCACUCUAUGCUUUGCACUCGGAAACACUAAUUAUUCUGUAGUUAGCAAAAGCAUUAUGCUUUCAUUAUUUUGUUGCAGAUAAGAUAGUGCGAGAACCAGUUGUAUGAAGUACAGUAGUUUCAUACUUA